AUGACCUCGAACGACGUGCGAGACAUCCUCUCGCUCCCCGAGCGAUCCGGUUCGCGCCCAUCUUCCUCCGCACAGGCAUCCUCGUCACGCAACCGCAAAUCCAACCCGCACCCGUCGACCUCUCGACAAAAGCCCAAAUACGAUGGCAUGACUCGUGAGCUUUUCGCCCUUCUCGGCGACAACGCACCCACGCUCGCCAUGGCACACGGUCUCGACGCCGGCAAACCCGGCGUCGGCAUGGGUGGCAUGUUCAAACCCAAAUUCAAGCGUCGUGCUCAACCCACCCGAUCCUGGCGCUGGGUGCCUUUCCUCAAUUCCGCCCGCGACGACACCACCAUCGACGACGACACACCCGAGAUCAACCACGGUCUGCUCCUCCACCACUGGGCGCCUGAGGGGAAAGAAGAGGUGGAAACCAAGUAUAGCUACGCCGAGUUCAACACGACAUCCGGGGUGUAUACGUAUUCGAACGACGAAUACAUCCAGCAGCUGCGAGACGAUGAUUGGACGAAAGAAGAGACGGAUUACCUAAUGGAGCUGUGCGCUGCGUACGAUUUGCGCUUUGUCGUCAUCCACGACCGGUACGAUUGGGCGGCCGCCCAAGGUCCCGCACUAUCUGCGGUGCAACCAGCAAAAGAAAGGUCGAUGGAAGAUCUCAAAGCGCGAUACUAUGCGAUCUGUCGACGACUCAUCCGCUCGCGCAUUUCCACAGACGACGUCGAAACCCGCCAGCUGCUGCUCAGCACCUAUGCCUUCGACAAGCAGCGCGAGGUGGAGCGCAAGAAGGCGGUGGCUCGGCUGUACACCCGAACACCGGAGCAGUUGGCCGAAGAAGAAGCGCUGUACGUGGAGAUCCGGCGGAUCGAGCAGAACGAGGCGAAGUACGCAAGCGAGCGCGAGGAGCUGCUGAGGUUGUUGGGUGGCUGGGAGAGUCUGCCCAGUUCGAGCCCGCAUGCUGUUGCUGCGGCUGGAGCGGGGAUCGCCAGCUCGGUAGGGGAGGAUGAUGCUGCGAAGGGGAGGGCGGGGGCGAGUAAGAAGCGGAAGUUGCAGGUCGCAGAGGAAGGGACGCCGGGUGCGGAGGAUGCACCAGCGACGACGAGACCCAGUGCGACGUUGACUUCGAAGCAAAGGGCCGAGAUGCGACAGGCGCAGUUUGAUGAGAUGCAGUGCAUUGUGCGGUUCGCGUCGAGUGCGAGCGCUACGGUCGAUAACACAGGUGCGAUUACGGGUGCAGCCGUCCUACCAGGCACCAGCGCAACGACCGCCGCCAGUGCGAUCGGUUCCACCCGUCCACCAUACGCACACCUCGUCGGCACAGCCUCCACCCUCCCACCUACCACCACCAACCCAUCCAACCCCUCCUCGGGUCACGGCGCCUACCUUCGUUCCAGCCGCAUGCUCGCGCCGCGGCCCAACCUCGUCCUCCGCACAACGCAGGUGUUGGCCGAAAGUGAACCGCCCGUGGGACCAAGACUCAUCUUCCCCACAGCCAAGAACGUCGAGAAGUGGGAGAACCUCAUGGGCGCUGUGACGACGAGUUUGGAGAUGCGCAAGCAGUUGGAGCGGGUGAAUGCCGAGCUGAGGAUUGCUAAGCAGAGGAUUGCGGCUGCGCUGCAGACGGGCAAGGGGGUGGAAGCGGGGGUAGGGGGGAGUGGUGAGGAUGCGGUAGUGGCGGAGAAGGGUGAGGAAGGGGUGGAUGCGGACGCGCUGACUGCCGUCAAGACAGAGUGA